AUGAAAUCGACACGGCCAAGACUAGAGCGCGCGGUCCUAGUGGGCGUAGAACUGAAGCGCAGGCGCGGCCUGUGGGGGCUGGAGGAAUCGCUCACCGAGCUUGCGGAGCUUGCGAGAAGCGCGCGCGCCAUAGUCGUAGCUACAGUGACGCAGCGCAUGGACAGGCCGACGCAGACAUAUCUGGGCAAGGGCAAGCUGGAAGAACUGAAAGGGCUCCUCUAUGCGAAGCGUGCGAGCACCGUUAUCUGCGACGACGAGCUGACACCCACGCAGCAGCGCAACCUCGAAAAGGAACUAGGCGGCGCGAAAGUCAUAGACCGAACCGCGCUGAUCCUGGAUGUGUUCGCACAGCGGGCGCGCACCAAGGACGGACGCCUGCAGGUGGAGUUAGCGCAGCACGAAUAUCUGCUGCCGAGGCUUGCCGGACAGUGGACGCACCUAGAGCGUCUGGGUGGUGGCAUAGGCACUCGCGGACCAGGAGAGACGCAGAUCGAGACCGACCGGAGGCUCGUGCGGCAGCGCAUACAGAAGCUCAAGCGCGACCUCGAAGAUGUGCGGCGGCACCGGGCGAGGUACAGGGCGCGGCGCAUCGAGAUGGAGGUGCCAGUUGUGUCGCUUGUGGGCUAUACCAAUGCCGGCAAAAGCUCACUGCUGAACCGGCUAACGAAUGCCGAUGUGAUGGCGGAGAACCUGUUGUUCUCCACACUUGACCCGAUAACGCGGCGAAUCAAGACGCCGGCGGGGCGCGAUGUACUACUGACCGACACCGUGGGAUUUAUACAGAAGUUGCCGACUGCUGUGGUUGCCGCAUUCCGCGCGACACUCGAAGAGGUGCAGGAAUCGACGCUGGUGCUGCAUGUGCUGGACAUCGCGCAUCCGAACGCGGCACAGAUGGCGGCCGUCGUCGAAGGCAUCCUCAAGGAUUUGGGCAUUGCAGAUAAGCCACGGCUGGUGGCACUUAACAAGGCCGACCUGCUGGACGAAAAUGUGGACGCCGAAACGCUAAGCCGCGCGCUGCAACUGGCGGACGGCGAGCUCGGCGGUGUGUUCACAUCGGCCGAGACGGGGACAGGACUUGACACGCUGCUGCGCGAGAUCGAUGACGCGCUGAGUGCAGAGGACGAAGACCGUGAAUUGACGGCGGUGCUGGACGGGACAUACGGACCACGGCGAAUCUGA